CUAGCCCGAGCCUGUGUGCUGAGACUGAGAGUGAGAUCGAGACAGCCGACAGCUCGUGACGAGAUUUGAACAUCUGAUCUAGCAAGACAGGUUCGUUCUGCAGAGUAUCUUUUGACCCCUAAACGCUAGAGUUUUCGGCAGCAAUGCCAAUGGUCGAAGUAAAGACGAUAUUCAGGGAAAGGUCGCCCGUACAGUCAAUCGCGAGCUAUUGCCUAGGGUGGUGAGCAGUGAGAAUAGUCGUCAAUCUUGGCUCUCACUCUCCCAGUCACGCAGUCUUGGCACGAAUGCCACCCGAGAAUCUAAUUUUAUCAGUUUUUGAAUGGAGCGGUCCAUUUUUCUGAUCGGUGACACAAUAGCGUAGGAUUGAUUAUUUUACUUUUAGGCUUCAGUUCUGAAGAUCAGCUAGAGGUCCAACCGUAGAUCUACUAGGUAAAGAUGUCCAGUGGUGCGCGACCAGCACAGAAGAAGAGGCUUGGCGCACAUGGGCCUGGAGGCAGUGGAGGCGGUCGCAAGCCUACGAACAGCAGCACGGAUAAGGCUACAAAGACGGGAGGCAAGCAGCCGACACGAUCCAGCACCAGUUCGGGCAUUGCCGGCAGCAGCAAUCGUACACCCGGCCAGUCGUCACCACUGGGAAUAACUGGACGUGCUGCGCUGCCGAUCCGCGAUCAUGCGACCGAGCCCAGACCGACUACUGCAUUUUCCUCACGUCCACUCUCAUCAUUAUCAUCAUCAUCAGUAGCUGGAUCGCUUAGUAGUGCAGGUCGAGGUAAUGAACGACCGGCGACAACGCUGGGUUUCUACAGGGCAGGUGACAGAAGACUGAGUGCCAGUGUCAAUGGUACAGACAGCGGCCUACCGGCGACGCCGCUCAACAGCAGCAGUGAGAUGACUUUCGCCGGUACACGGUCUGCUGAGCAGCUCCGGACCGACACAGAGUCUGGCCAAACUAGUACUGCACUGACCCACCGCCGGGGUUUGUCAUCUUCAUCUGGAUUGCCACCUCGGACCCAGGCCGAGACCAGUAGCAGCAGGAUGUCUUCACACAAUGGAGAUUCCAUCAUGGGUGAGAGCUAUCAACAACGGCGAAUCCAGGAGCUAGAGAAGGAAAAUGCGGAGGUGAAAGAGGUAUCCUCACAGAAGAGCAAGGUUAUCGUGAGGCUGAGAGAUGAAAACAACCGUCUCAUACGCACCCAGGAACUAGCGACUGGCUUGAAUGGUCUACAGCUGGGCCAACAGCUUGCACAGAAUCUCGGAGUUUCCAUAUCACCCACUGCCACAACGGAUGAAGUCGCCAAAGUGCUAAUUGCAAAGGUGCUUCACAACCGGCACGAGUCGGAGAGAUCCGCAGAGCAGGUGAAGGAGUUGAGAGAGAAAGUCCAGGAGAUGUGCAGCAGCUUGGCAACUGAGAAAACUCGGACAACAACAUUGGCAGCGGACUUGAAGCAAGCCAAGCUCAGCUUGUCCGAGAAGACCAAAGAAGCCGGUGAAAUACAGGCUAAAGUCACUAGUACCACAGAGGACACGUCCCGGCAUGAAUCACAGCUUGCGGCAGUCAGGGAAGAAGUUGCGGCACUAGAACGCAGGCUGCAUGAAGCGGAGGACACCAAGGCCGACAGUGAAGCACUGAAGACGGUGGCAGAGAGCAAGCUGUCUGCGCUGACCGGAACGUCAUCAGAAAUGCACAAACGUUUGGAAGAGAUAGAGGUUGAGCGUACAGAAGCUUGUCAAGCAAGGGAUGCUUGGAGAAAAAUGCAUGAUACCAGGAUCCAGAAGAUCACACGUUUUUUGUCACUGAAUGAUACAGCCACCGACGAGGAAAUUCUCGAAAAGAUCUCGGAAAAGGUGCAGAGUUGCCAGACACUCGGCGACACCAACAAAACCAUGGAAACGAGCGUGACAAAUUUGGAACAUCAAGUCAGAGCCAACCAGAGUACAAUACUGCGACUUGCAGCCGAAAUCGAGGCCCAGACUGCCCAGCUGGAAGCUCGCGGCAGGGAGUUGGAAGAAUCUGAACAGGAGAAGACGCGAGCUCUGGAUCAAGUUCAGAACCUGGAACGCCAGAAUCGCCUCCGCAAGGCCGAGCUUGAUGUCAACGAGGGCAGACUAGCCGGGAUCAGGGAUGAAGUAGCGAACAAAGAUGACCAAAUAUUGAUGCUGGAAAGUACGAUAUCCGGUCUGGAAGGAGAGAGGCACAAACAAACUAUUGAACUCUCGAACAUGCAGCGGCAUGUGUCUGAAGCAGCGAGCAUUGGCAGAGGAGGCUCCACCAGUAGCAGGGAAAGCAGCGAUGCAUCCAACGGUAUGAGCAACGUGUCAGAACUGACGGAGCUGAUCAAGACCCUCAGAGAGCAAGCACAUUCUGAGGAGCAGAAAAAUGUGUCGCUGAGCGAGGAGAUUGCAAUUCUCCACCAACAGCUGGAACAAGAGCAACUCUCCACUAUGGCCGUGCAAACACAGCUGGAAGAGCUGCGCGGACAGAUGGAGGAACGUGAGCACCUAGAGGAAACGUUUGAGACACAGCUGAAAGUGAAGGACAUCACGUUCCAGAACAUGGAAACGGAGCAUGCACAGCAUUCACACUUCUGUAAGAGACUGUGUGACCUUUUGAAGAUUGAUCAACUCACCAAAGAUUUUGGCAGUGGCAUGCAAACUGAAGCCAUACACGGACGCAUUGACCAGCUGCUCAGGCAAGAGACUUCAGAGAUAGCAGAGAAGUCGACCAGUAUCUAUAACCUUCAACGCCGCCUGAAAACUACUAAAACCAACCUGGAGAGUAAAGAGCUUCACAUUGAAAUGAUGGGAAAGAAGAUAACCACCCUGGAGAAGCGAAUCGUGGACCUGAGUCAGCGGCUGAAGGACAAACACGUGGUGGCUGAGAAGAUUGAGAAGGGACAAAAGGCAAAUGAAAAGCAAGCAGCUACCAUCCGGCAACUGAAGGAGAGCAUCAAUGAUCUCAACUUGCAGUUAUUGGAUGGCACUGCACUUCAGAAAACUAUAGAGCAGAAAUCAGCAACCAUACAAGAUCUGCAAGCACAGCUGGACAAGCAACAUGCCGAUACCAUGAGGCGGACUCAGCUACUGUCAACGGAGCAGAAGUCCCUGAAAGCAUCCAGGGCAAAGGUGGAAACAGAAAAGCACAGCGUUGAGCGAGAAUGUGGAGUGCUGCGGGAGGAUCUGACCACAGCGCGUAAGGCACUGGAUGAAGUGCGCGCCAGAGAGAAACAGCUCCUGGAACUGCGUGCCUCCAUCACCAUGCUCCUGGGUCUGGACAUUAGUGAGCUAUCAGUGCCAGACUAUCAGGUAAUGGCCAGACUGGAGCAGCUGGUCAAGGCUCACGAGAAUCACGUCAGCACGGCGCGUGGUGUGCAGUCGGCGCUGCAGCAGCUGCAGAGUAAUUUCUACAGCGGAUGCGACGAGGCACUGCAGCUUGUGGGCAGCAGCGGUACACGCUCCGCCAGGAGCAACCACAUGCCAUCAACACGACCAGCUGCUGCUGCUAAUGAUCUGAGGAGCACUGGUAGGACAAACGCUCAUCGCAAUCCCAGCAGCAGCAACACCGCUAUUACAUCUCAGCACGAUUCCUCUGCUCUGCACCAAUCAGUGCCGAGCAGCAGGUCUCUGGGUGCAUCACCACGUCGGCCACCGAAAGUGCCAUGAUCCCAUGCAGUGUGCAAGCACAUGACAGUUUGGUGUGUAUAGAUCACACCUCUAUGGUGCACGUAUGUGGCAUGAAUCCAAGCAACUCACACCUGUGCUGUGCAUAGCCUGGUACAGGAAGUCUUGGACACAUCCUGCAGUCAGCACGUACCUGUCUAUAGCCAGCAGCAGACAGGCUCUUGAUGCAAUGCCGCAGAAGUUAUGUUCCUCUUUUGUCCGUCCUUAAAAACCUACAAAUAUCGUGACCAGGUUCCAGCCAGUCCGUACGUGCAGUCUUGUUACAAGCUAAGUUAUAACCGUCUGUUGAGCAGUAGCAACAGCCUUUGGCAAGUGUGCACUGAACCAGGAUCGUGCCUUGGACAUUCCCUGGCGCUGAUGCUCUUCAACUUGCAAAGCCCUCUUGUCCUUAGCUCAAACUUCAGAGUUGCCCAAAAUGACCCCCCCCCCCAUGGAUUUCUUGUUUAGUGAUACGUGACAUGUCUAUUCAGAACAAUAUUCCCUUACAGUUUUGUUCCAAUCUAUAACAGCAUGCACAAAGCGAGUAGUUGACAUCUUGUGCUUACCUCUUGACAUUAUUGUUUCUUAGUCCAGCACUGUUUCCGGCAUAUCAUCAUGGACAUAAUCAUGAGAAUCAGAUCGUUUACUGCCGCACAAUACUCAAUAGUCAAUACCUUGCAUCUUUAUAUCCAUUCCUUCCCCUCCUUUGCGACAUUCCCGCAACUGCAGAAUUCAUGUAUUGUACAACAUGGUGCAGUAGCUGGAUAUAUCCAGAUAGCCACUUUGUAAAUUGUGCCCCGCAAUCGGGGGUUCGCUUUUUACCGUCAAACGCAUUGUCAUGCACCUUGGUCGACCGUGUAUGGACACGAUGUAGUAUGGACACGAUUGAGAAAUGUGUGUCAACGGUUAGUCUACUACCAAACUCUGUAGAGUGUAGGUCAGUCCCACCACAUCGCAGCACUGGGCUAGUGUUAUGUGUAUGUGCAGAAUACAUGCCUGCUGCUGCACACAGUGUGGCUUGCUGUUGGACAUUGUUCUCUGUUGCUUCUGAUGCAUGCUGUGGUUGUUGUUGUUGUUGUUGUUGUUGUUGUUGUUUCAAAUCUUUAUUCUCACGAUAGCCAGUGUGUGUGUGUGUGUUGUUGUUGUUGUUGUUGUUGUUGUUGUUGUUGUUUGGGUAUGUGCGGGCUAGUUCUCAAUACAACCUCGUACUAUCCUGUUUAUACUUCGAAGUAACAAAUACUUCAAUAUA